AAUUAAUGAUGAAGCGAGUUUGAUUUCCUUUUGCGGCAAAGUAACGAAAAUCAAAAGCCAGCGAUCCAUCAAAAGAACAUUCCGCGCUUUGACCGUACCUUGUGUCUGUAGAGAGUAUCGGAGUAGAAAAAUCUGGGAAACGGCAACGCUCUAUCGAGACCGGAGUGAAUGAAAUAAAAUUUGAAUGAUCAAAGAUGUUGUUAAGUAGUUCUUCUCCAAGAGCAACAUCAUCACCACAUUCACAAUUAUCACCAUCAUCAUCACAAGAGUCAUGGGAAUCAAUGCUCCCAGGUCCAUCAAGUCGCAACAACUUCGGAUCCUCAGAUCUGAGUCCACACGGCCUCCUCGCAUUCCCUUCCGGCAGUUCAAUCUCCAUUAUCGACUCACGUUCUAUGCAAUUAGUCUCUUCAUUCCCUAUCCCUCCUCCACCUUCCUCCGCCGCACCAUUCGUAACCGCCAUUCGCUGGAUCCCUCUUCCUCUCAACCGUCAUCUCCUUUCCUCCGAACCUUCCUCCUCUCACCUCCUCAUCGCCGCCGGCGAUCGCCAAGGUCGCAUUGCGCUUCUUGAUUUUCGCCUUAAAUCUGCUAUUCUCUGGUUCGAUACUGACUCUAAACAAGGUAUUCAAGAUCUUUGUUGGAUUCAGGCACGACCUGAUCUCUUCAUACUCGCCGCGAUUACCGGACCUUCCACACUUUCUCUUUUCAAUGCUUCCACUGGACGUUGCGUUUGGAAAUACGAUGCUUCGCCUGAAUAUUUCUCUUGUAUUCGACGUGAUCCGUUCGAUUCGCGCCGCAUCUGCGCGAUCGGUCUCAAAGGUUUUCUAUUGUCGCUGCUUCAUCUCGGUGAUUCUGAAGAAGGUGUUGUUAUUAAGGAGCUUCAGAUUCGCACUGAUUCUAGCGAAUUGCUUAAGCUUGAGAGAGAUUCCGGCGGUGGUUUAUCCGCUGCUGCUGCGGCACCUGCGUCUGCAGCUUUUCCUCUUUACGUAGCGAAGUUCGCAUUCUCCCAACAUUGGCGCCACAUUUUGUUUGUAACGUUUCCGAGGGAGUUGAUUGUGUUUGAUUUGCAGUAUGAGUGUGUGAUAUUUUCCUCCGCCUUGCCUCGUGGUUGUGGCAAGCUUCUUGACGUGCUACCUGAUCCGAGUAACGACUGGAUCUACUGUGCUCAUCUCGAUGGCAAGCUCAGCACCUGGAGGAGGAAACCUGGGGAGCAAGUACACAUUAUGUAUUCCAUGGAAGAGUUAAUGCCAUCUGUUGGCACCUCUGUCCCUUCUCCUUCAAUACUCUCCGUCCUUUUACGCCAAUCAGAUACCACUCUCCAGAACAUUGGCAAGAAUUGUUCCGAUGUACCUAGUUCUCCUUACCUUCAUGAGGAUUUUGAUAAUCCUUUUGACUUUUGUGACGAAUCCCAAAUCAUUUCUAAGAUACAUUUGAUCUCCAUAUCUGAUGAUGGAAAAAUAUGGAACUGGCUCUUGACUGCUGAAGGGAAUGCAGACAAUCAAAAGGAUGAAAAGAAGUUGGGUUUGGUCAAUGAUGAUUGCACCGUACCAUUACAAGGAGCCAACUCUAACACUAUGGUAUCUUUUGCUCGUGGACGGGAACUAAAUGUAGGCAGGCCACAGGAAGAAAUUUCAAUGAAAAUUAGCUUAGUUGGACAGCUUCAGCUUCUCUCUUCAACAGUGACUAUGCUGGCAGUACCAACCCCUUCUCUAACUGCUACCCUGGCUCGUGGAGGAAAUUAUCCUGCAGCAGCUGUUCCCCUGGUUGCUUUGGGAACACAGAGUGGGACAAUAGAUGUGGUUGAUGUUUCUGCCAAUGCUGUUACAUCAAGUUUAUCUGUACAUAAUGGCAUAGUUAGGGGACUACGAUGGCUAGGAAAUUCCAGAUUGGUUUCAUUUUCUUAUACUCAGGCUAAUGAAAAAUCAGGAGGAUAUGUUAACAAGCUAGUUGUGACCUGCCUUCGAAGUGGUCUUAACAAGAUGUUCCGAGUUUUGCAAAAGCCAGAGCGUGCUCCAAUAAGAGCGUUGAGAACAUCUUCAUCUGGAAGGUAUCUUCUAAUUUUGUUUCGUGAUGCACCCGUGGAAGUUUGGGCAAUGACUAAGAAUCCUAUCAUGCUUAGAUCAUUAGCUCUUCCAUUUACGGUAUUGGAAUGGACUCUUCCAACAGUUCCACGUCCUUCUAAGGAUCAAACAUCUGGGGCAUCGGAUGAAGCAUCUAAACCAUCAAAGGCUUCCCCAUCAGAUUCAACAGAGGGUUCAAGCACAGAGGGACCACAAGAUGAUACUUCUGAAAGUUUUGCAUUUGCUCUGGUGAAUGGAGCACUUGGAGUUUUUGAAGUGCACGGUCGGAGAAUUCGAGAUUUCAGACCAAAAUGGCCUUCUUCUUCAUUUGUAUCAUCAGAUGGAUUGAUAACUGCAAUGGCCUACCGCUUGCCCCAUGUGGUCAUGGGAGACAGAAUGGGGAACAUAAGAUGGUGGGAUGUGACAACUGGACAUUCUUCCUCAUUCAACACUCAUAGAGAGGGAAUUCGGCGAAUCAAAUUCUCACCUUUUGUACCAGGGGACCAUAGCCGGGGGCGUGUUGCUGUGCUGUUUUAUGACAAUACCUUUUCUGUUUUUGAUUUGGACUCCCCUGACCCCUUGGCCAAUUCACUUUUGCAACCUCAAUUUCCCGGAACCCUUGUGUUGGAACUUGAUUGGUUGCCCUUGCGGACUGAUAAGAAUGAUCCACUGGUACUCUGCAUUGCUGGGGCAGAUGGUAGUUUUCGCCUCGUUGAUAUUAAUGUAAAUGAUAAACGACCUGGUUAUGCACCCCGGAACAGAAAUACAAAGGAGAGAUUCCGGGCAAUGCCUAUAUGCUGUCCCAUACUUCUCCCUUCACCACAUGCUUUGGCACUGCAAAUGAUUUUGCAAUUGGGUGUUAAACCUUCUUGGUUUAAUACUUGCAGUACGACCAUAGAAAAGAGGCCUCACUUAAUUCCAGGAGCUCCUUCAUCUGUGGGGGAUCUUCGCACAUACAUGAUCAACAUACCACCUCUUGGAGACUCUGUGGUGCCAGAGAUGCUUCUAAAAGUAUUGGAACCAUAUCGAAAAGAAGGUUGCAUGCUUGACGACGAGAGAGCCAAGUUGUAUGCCAGUAUUGUGGAUAAAGGUUGUGCUGCAAGGUUUGCUUUUGCAGCAACAGUAUUUGGUGAAUCCUCAGAAGCUCUGUUUUGGCUUCAGCUGCCUCAAGCCCUUAAACAUUUGAUUACUAAGUUAUCAAGAAAGCCACCAUCAAAAGGGCCCACAACAAAGUCUGUCUCUGAGGUUGAUGAAACAUCUUUAUUGUCUAGAAUAUCAUCAAAGGGAAAACCGACAGAAGAAAUGGAGGGAGAUGCAUUGCAGAGUCAUGGUCAACAAAGGUUGAUGGCUUUUGACCAAGAAGAGUUGUGGAAAAGUGCUAGUGAGCGUAUUUCUUGGCAUGAAAAGUUAGAAGGUGAAGAGGCUGUGCAGAAACGUGUACAUGAGCUUGUGUCAGUUGGAAAUCUAGAAGCUGCAGUUAGUUUAUUGCUUUCUACACCUCCAGAGAGUUCUUACUUCUAUGUCAAUGCGCUUCGUGCUGUAGCUCUCUCUUCUGCUGUUUCAAGAUCUCUUCAUGAACUUGCAGUGAAGGUUGUUGCAGCCAACAUGGUCAGAGCUGACAGGUCACUAUCUGGCACUCAUCUUCUAUGUGCAGUUGGAAGAUAUCAAGAAGCGUGUUCUCAGCUACAAGAUGCUGGGUGCUGGGCAGAUGCUGCUACCUUAGCUGCCACUCACUUAAAGGGAUCAGAUUAUGCAAGAGUGUUGCAAAGAUGGGCUGCACAUAUCCGGCACAGUGAACAUAAUAUCUGGAGGGCUCUGAUUUUGUAUGUUGCCGCUGGUGCACUACAAGAGGCAUUGGCAGCUCUUCGUGAGGCUCAACUACCUGAUACAGCUGCAAUGUUCAUCCUUGCAUGCCGUGAAAUCCACACAGAGAUUGUUUCUAACUUAGACCCUACUGAUGAUGAAUCAAGUUCAUCAGUUAGUGAUAAGAUACUAAAUUUGCGAGCUUUAGAUCCUGAGAAUGAAGAUGUCAUUGCAGUUGAUGAAUACUUUGGACAAUACCAAAGAAAAUUGGUCCAUCUAUGCAUGGAUUCACAACCAUCCUAUGACUAAGUAUAGGGCUUGUUGAAAUAGAUUCAGAUCAUUCAUUUGUAUUCAAUUAAUUGAUAACUUGGGCUGAAAAGAAAGUUGUUGGCUGAUAGCUGUUGCAGUACUUCCUGUGUUCUAUUUUGUCGAAGGAUUGGAUGCUUCCAUUGCCUAAGCUGUUGUUGCAAAAGUAUAAAAGGCAUUGGGAAGGAAAUGACGUAUGGCAACAUGUAAUCUUGGAGGUAACAGAUGCUAGAGUGUUCUAUGAAACACAAUCCUUUUGAUUGCAAUGAAUAUGAUGGUUUACAUGAACUUUCCGAAGUUGAGAUUGCAAUCGCAUAGGUAAUUGUCCCAUUGUAGAUCGUAUAUAAAAUUUUGUAGGCAACAAAGCAAUUAAUUUGUAAUUUAUAUGUUAUGAUAGGACUCCACAAUGGUUGUGAUUGGAUUGAUCAAUGUUUGCAUGUGUUAAGUCCAUGUUGGAUAACUUUACAGCAUAGUAAUUUGCAUACAUUGGAAAAUAUGACCAGUUGAUUAUUUGAAUUGAGAACUGGUGGCA